ACAAACACUUGCUGUAAUGAAGCACGCUGUGAUGGAGCUGGACAGCAGUAAUCCAGUUUUGAGGGAAUUUGGUAGCGAGCAGAGUUUAUUAUCCAAACCUGACGGUUCAGCCACGUUUAUGCAAGGAGACACCAGUGUGUUGGUCGGAGUGUACGGACCAGCUGAGGUUAAAGUGAACAAGGAGAUCUAUGAUCGAGCGACUUUGGAGGUUCUGAUCCAGCCCAAAGCCGGCAUGCCAAGUGUCCGGGAGCGUACAAGAGAGCAGUGUGUGCGGGAGACGUGUGAAGCCGCUCUGCUGUCCACUCUCCAUCCUCGCUCUUCGCUCACACUCGUCCUGCAGGUGGUGCACGAUGACGGAUCGUUGUUAGCGUGCUGUCUGAAUGCUGCCUGCAUGGCGCUGAUGGACGCUGGGCUGCCCAUGAGCUGCCUGUUCUGUGGAGUCACAUGUGCCAUCGACGCCGAGAACCGAAUCAUCACAGACCCUACAGCUCAACAGGAAAAGGAAAGUCGAGCACUACUGACUUUCGCAAUCGAUAGUAAAGAGCACAAUGUCAUGAUGUCAUCAACAAAAGGUUCUUUCUCAGUGAAAGAGGUGAGUAUGAAGUUUGGUGAAUGUCCUUCUGUGCUGGUCUUAUGUAGAACAACACUGACAACCUUCACAUUUUGCAAAGCUCGACAUUUUAAUAUUGGAGUAUGCUGGUACCAGUUAUCAUAAACAGUAUUCCAAAUUAGCACCCCCCCCAUAUCAAGAAAACAGAUGAGCCACUUUACAUAUGAAUGUGGAAUGAUUGACCGUUGGAUCAGCGUUUUGUGCUUUUGCUUUCCCAUAUUAACAGACACCGUGGAAGUCCCACCCACUUUCCUGUCUCAUGUUAGUAAUGUUUCCGUUGGUGCUCUUGUCUUGACGUGAUCUUCCUGCUUGAAGGAUGUGCUGAGGCAGCACCUUUUUGUUUUGAGUUCAUUCAUGUGAAAUAAAAUGUUCAGUUAAAAUGUUAUGUAUUUAUUAGGAAUGCAUUAUUUUUUUUUUUUUUUGUUAAUGAGAGAAAAUACAAAAACUUUGACCAAAAAAAAGAAAUGUGGGGGGGGUGUUUUUGUUGUUGUUUGGUUUUUGUUUUUUAAAAACCUGCACAAUCCUGAAAGGUUUAUUUAUUUAAAUAAAUGUUUUGGCAGCAUUUCAGCUGAGUGCUAACAUUGCCACUCAGUGACAUCACAUGCAUACUCUCAAACAAGAUUCAGUGUGUGUGUGUGUCAUAGUCUUGACACCAUAAAUGCUGAUAAUGUAGCAGAAUUUUGAAUAUACUGGCUUGUGCUGGUAAAACAAUAGGAAAUACUAACGCUAGCAAAAUUUAAAGUUGCGUGAACUCUCUCUAGAGGCGUGCACAUGCCAUUUUAGAAAUGUAGAAGAUGCGUAAAUGCUGUUUACGUGUGUUUGGCAUGCACUAGAGCCCUUUUCACAUUGUCAAAGUGACCUGGAAGUACAUGGCCCUAAAUUUAAACUGUGUGAGCUCUUUCAUAACUUUAAUAGAAUUUUAUUGAGAUUGGCAUCAAAUUUAAUACAUUUAAAUCAGUGCUUGGCAGUGGCACGCUUUUCACACUAGUGCAAGAAAUCCGAAGAGAAUACUUGGCGCAAGGGGACACGCUUAUCUCAAGUUUGCCAAGCUGGCCCAGAAGUACGUUCAUCUAGAUGAAAAAGGAUGAUAAAAAUCCUUUUCUUCCCUUCUGGGGCUCUAUCGAAAUAAGAUUUAACACUUUAUUGUAAAGUUUAAUGAUGAGUGUUUUUUUUUUUUUUUUUAAACCAAUUUAAUUACAAACGACGCCUUUUUAAACUCCCAUCAAUUAGCUUCUUAGCUAGGAUUUGAUUGUCCUUCUGAAACAGGAAGUGAGUGAUAUGUUGAACUGUUCCACUGGCUUGAUUGACCACAGCCAAAAGCAUUCAUCCCUUUCUGAAAUUAAACAAACCAGUGUUGGAGCAAGAACGUGAUUCCAUCUGUCUGAGGAAAUGACAUAUUCCAGCAUUGAAGAGCCCCAAGUUGGUAAAACGCACGUCUCUAAGAGGUUGUGGUUGCGUAACUAUGAUCUUGUAUGAAUUGUUCCGUCUUUAAAAUGAUUACCCCCCCCCAACCAAGUGAUGGUUAGAAAAGGGAACAGUGUGCUGGAAGAAGCACAGCCAAAAACACACCAACAAGCCAUGUUCACUGCUAAUGAGUUAACUUGCUGCUGCUGUAGAGCAAGACCCACCUCUGGGGGUGGGACAUGUAGUUCUAGAGAGCGUUUAAUUGGAUGAUCAGACAGUUGAGCUCAGGAUGGUUGUUCAAAUUGCUAAAUGUAGGUGUGCCACCAAGUGUGAGUGUGACUUAUAGUUUAAUCAAAAAAAAAAAAUUAAUGAGUUUAUGUAUGUGUUUAUUUUCCAGAAUCAAUUUACUUCAGUUAAAAGUGAGACUUAAAGCUAGACUGCCUUUCAGAUUUUAAGUGUAGGUCAUAAAAAGAAUUUUCCCUGACACCAGUUAUUUUUGUUUAGUGGACCGAAAACUCCUGAAUUCGAAUCACAGACUUCCAACUUUAUUAGUUGCCCUAAAUUCUCUAUUUUUUUUCCUGCUUCACCAUGACCCAAUUCAAGAUACUGCAUCACGUGGUGGGCUUUCCCCAUUCACGCAAGGCAUUGUGGGAUACAAAUUUAAAACAGGAGAGGAAAAAUGGAGGACGUGAGUGUGCGAAUGAAACGUGAAAGACUGACUACAGUAACGGAAAGUGAGACGUUAUGUUGCAUUAUGUUGCGAAAGGAAACGCAAGACCAAACUAAUAAAUAUUGUCGGUUAGUGAGCACCUCGGUGUGAUCAGCUGUUUAUUUAGCAACAGAAUGAUGGAACUGUGAGUGCACGGUCAAGGUAAGCCUGUCGAUGGCAGUAAUGCAACACUGUGGAUGCCAGCUGCCGUAAAACCCAAAAAAAGAAGGUAAACCUGCGCAUGCGCACACGGACUUCCUCUGUCUGCUUGACUGCACGAAGCGAGCAAUUUCAUGCAUAUUGUUUGCUAGGGAAUCCCCUCAAAUUAAAUAACUUCCCAGCCACAGAAUGGCCUGAUAUUUUGUGAGCUAUUACAGAAAUAAACAUGCAUCACAAUGACCAAAUUUCAGAGGGAACUAAAUUUCACUGAUUUUAUGAAAUCAAAAGGCCAUCUAGCUUUAAUCAUAUUUCCAGUGUGGAAAUGAGCAAAUUAACCAGACCCCCCCCCCUUUUUUUUUUUUUUUAAAAGCCCAUUUUGACAAAUGGUGCAAAUAAUUUGAGUUGACGAGACAUCUGAUAAAAUGGCAACUCUAUUGUAUGCAGUUCCUGUUCUCACCAUCCCCCCCAUCCUGUCUUUUCC